CGCACUUUGACUCUUUCACUCUCUCUUUCCGCCAUCCAUUCCUCCAUCUUUGUUGGCUUUCCUUCCUUUGAGUGAUCCUGCUUGCUCCCUUUUCUCUCUCUCUCUCUCUCUCUCUCUCUCUGUUGCUACCACGCCUGCGAUUCGGUUCCAUCUCAGCUUCUUGCUCGCUUUAAGAUUUCCCGACGUACGAAUUCUCUCAAUUGCUCUCUGCCUCUUCCCAUUUUUGUUGCAUCUGGUGAGUUCUUUUCCUUUUCUUUCGUCUCUCCAAAUAGUUUCUCUUUUGGAUUGAUUCAUUCUCGUUGCUUGAUUCCUUGCGUUUCUGGCUCUCAUUUAGCCGUAUGGUGAUUUGACCUUGUGGCUUGUGAUAGAUUUUGGUGCUUCUGUCUACAAAAUUAUCAUUUCUGUUGAGCUUACCUUGCUUGAACUUUUUUCUUUUCUUACUACGCUUGUUGAAAUGUGCAAUUGUGACCCAAUUCUGUAGCUUUUUAAAGAUAAGCUGUAUGGCGGAUACUAGGAUUCUUUCUUUUCCCAGAGGCCAGUACCCAGUGGUUAAUUUUGGUUUAACUCUGGCUUCCGUUGCUUGUUAGGAUUUCAAUUGAUGUUAGAAUCAGAUCUAAGGAAGUGGGUUGUCGCUAAAUUGUUCUGGGUUCUUUUUCUUUGGUGAUCUUAGGUCACUGGUUCCAUGUUCUAACUGUGGUUAGUCCUUUUGCUUUUUUUUUUUUCUUUUUCUCGUGCAGGGUUUCCCCGGAAACGAAUUGGUAUUGUUGCCAGCGACAAUCGUGGCUAUCAUUUUGUUGAAAGGGACAGUAUGCGGUGGAUUCUGACUCUUUCUGUUGAUGUUUAUCGCAACAUUAUCUCCCUCAACUUGUAUUGCAGAGUGAUUCUGUAAACCCUUUCCUUUGCUGCCCAGAGAUCACGCCCUGUUUUUGUUUCUUCCCCUCCUUCAGUGCAUAAUCCAUGGGAUCCUCCUUUUUUGUUGUCGUGCCGUGCUAUGUGCGCCAGAUUAGUUGAAUAGUGGAAGUUAGAAACCCCCACCAAUUUCUUAGUUCUUUUUUGCCCCGCUCAACUUGUUACUAGCUCAUCUCCCCUGUUUGAAGCUUUCUGGUGUCCUAAUUGUUGCUAAUAAGUCUGGAUUUCACUUGCAAGCGGUUCAUCUUGUAACUAGCCGGGCUCUGUUUGAUUUGCUUCCGUUCGAAGAUUGUCGUUGUGUUUACACAUUGAAGGGAUUUGGAGGUAGUUAUGGUAAGCCAAGCAGCAAGCCAAACAAAUUUUCGGGCAGUGAAGUACGAAAAUGGGAUUGCUGGGAGUGCGGCCAUAGUUGUUAGAGUUAUAGCAUGCUUUCAUACAUUACUGGAGUGCCAGGUGAAAAUUCAUACAUUACUUUCUUCUGCUGUUUGAUUCCAUGUAUGCUGUAAUAUAUUUUUUGCCAGUGGUAUAUACUAAUUCUGUUCACUUGCAUUCUUCCAGGCUGAAUAUUUCCGCCACUUGCUGAAACCUGUAACGUAGAUAUUGUUUCCUGCAUUUGUGUUUUCAAGUUUGAUCUGGAGUUUCUUCUUUUUACCAUUGCAUCUAAAAGAAUUAGCCAGUAAACCCGAAGCUUUCAACAUCCAGAAUUUCUUUGCGGUAUGUUUCAUGUCUCUUGUCUGGAUUUCAGCUGUGAAUAAUUCAUCUUAUGCCCUAGUUAUAAGCAUUGUGUUGAUUUCUUCAUGUUCUGUGUCACAGGUGAUUGCUUAAAAUUGGAUGGGAGAACCUCUUGGUUCCUGGAUCCCACAACAGCUAUUUCAUUGGCAAUCACCCAAGUUUGAUUAUAUGGGCUCUCAGUAUUUCCAAUCUGGUCAACAGGAUCAUAUUACUUCACAUAUGAACUCAAGUAUUCCCAUGGUAUCCCCAAAUGGGAAUCUGGGCACCCACUCUUUCCAGGAGCUACCUCACUCAAAGGUUGUUGGUCAGACCAACGAACACGGUAGCUGGUUUUAUGGGUCGCCACAUUUCAGAGAGGCCUUUAUGCCUGAUCUUGACUCUGCGCUUCUGAAGAAGAGUCUCUACUCUACUCCGAAGCCAAUAAUCAAUCCCAUAUCAGAAUCUGCCACCGGUGGUCAGAAGAGAUUCCUUGUCUUUGAUCAGUCUGGUGAUCAAACAACUCUCAUCUUCAGCUCGGACGUUGCGCCACCUGCCCCAUGCCUUACUUCUUGGAGUCCAAAGCCAAUUGUUGCUGCUUCCAAGUUUAAUAAUGCACAGCAUGUAUCCGAGGAACCUCUAAAUCUCCAGUUGAAUCAGACAUCAACUGAAAAUGAUCAUGGCCGGACUGGUUUCGAGAGUGAGAUGCAGGAGGACACAGAAGAACUGAAUGCCUUGCUUUACUCCGAUGAUGACACCGAUUGCACAGAUGAUGACGAUGAAGUUACGAGCACAGAUCAUUCGCCCAGUACAAUGACAGCUCACAAUAAGCCAGGGGGUUUAUCAAAUAGCAGCAAAACAGAAGAGGUUGCCAGUUCUGAUGGUUGGACUAGGAAGAAAAGGAAGCAGUUUGAUGGAGUUCAUAGCGACGACAUGCCAUCACUGGUGGACACUGCCAGUUCUGUGAAGGUCGAAAGCAAAGUAUCCGAGUAUGAAGAUGAUGCGGAAUCCAAGUGCUGUGGUGGGUUCAAUGCAGCAUCAAGUGAAAACCUGGGCUCUGAAUUCGACAAUAAGAGGAUGACGAAAAAGAGAAUACGCGAGACAGUGAACAUUUUGCAGAAUUUAAUCCCGGAUGGGGAGGGCAAGGAUGCAGUUGCGGUUCUAGACGAGGCCAUCCAUUACUUAAAAUCGCUGAAGGUGAAAGCAAAAGCCUUGGGUCUUACUGCUAUCCGGUGAAUGGCAGUGGCAGAGGCUACCUGGCCAUGACAAAUUAGUCACCAUCUACUAGAACCUACUAUCCUUAGUAUUUUAAGAAUAAGCUUUUGAGUUGCGUGCGUUGAGCAGCAAGUAAGUUUUGAACUGCUAAUUUGGUAAAAUGUGGAGGUGAAUGGUUGGCGUCAAAGGAAAGGGGUGUUUGGAGGGAGAGAUGCGAGGCAAGCAGUAGCAGGUGGUCUUUACUCUUUGGUUGAAUGAUGAUGAGGUGGUGGAGUGCAGCAUAUAAUUGCUAAUAAAGUGAAAGAUGGAGGAAGAAUGAUUAAGGUAAGGAGGAGGGGGCUACGGGCUUAGGGUUUAGUGAAAGUAAAGAGGAGGGGUCAGAAGAGAAGAGUUGGGCGUGGGGGGGAGUUUGGUAUGUGAAAUGAGAAGUGUGGAAGGCAAGAACAGAGGGACCCUCCAGAAAAAAGGAAAAGGAAGGCACGCUUCUACUCUCUCUCUCACACUCAGUCUCUCUCUCUACCCACCCUCUCACUUUCUCAGAUCGAUUAUGGUUUGAUAAUGAAUAGAGUCGAAUGUU